GUUGAUAUUCUUCCCCCAGAAAUGUCAGCCCCUAUGGUGUUUGCACUGCCUGAUCACACCCGCUUUUCCCUGGUGGACUUCCCACUCCACUUACCACUGGAGUUACUGGGGGUAGAGACUUGCCUCAAAGUGCUGGCUUGUAUUAUUUUGGAAAAUAAGAUAAUUUUACAAUCUCGUGACUACAACGCCCUUACUAUGAGUGUGAUAGCCUUUGUGUCUAUGUUAUACCCCCUGGAGUACAUGUUCCCUGUGAUACCACUACUACCUACAUGUAUGGGGUCUGCAGAACAGUUGCUAUUGGCACCCACUCCCUACAUAAUUGGUGUGCCUGCCAGCUUCCUAUUAUAUAAAAGGGAUUUCCAAUUACCCGAUGAUGUGUGGUUGGUGGACUUGGACUCUAAUAAGGUGAAGGUGCCUUCAGGCUGUGAUGAUCUGCCACCAUUUCCAGAGCCAGAGGGGUCACUGCUGAAGAAUCACCUGAAACAGGCUUUAGCUAGCAUGAGUAUGACUCCUCAACCCAUUAAGAACCUUGAGACCCUGGCUCAGAAUCCAGAAUUAUGGCCAAGGCGGGAAAGUUUCAACUCCUCCAACACAGGUUUUAACCCUUUCAUCUAUGGCAAUGAUGUGGACUCUGUAGACAUUGCCACACGUGUGGCUAUGGUUAGAUUCUUCAACUCUCCCAACCUCCUGGGUAACUUCAGUGAGCACACGCGAACAUUACGUCUGUAUCCACGGCCUGUAGUGGCCUUUCAGAUAUCCAGCUUUGUUAAGUCCAGACCCACACGGACAACAUUUGCUAUCAGGCUGGCAAGAACUCAGGCUGUUGAGUACUUUGCUGAGUUUUACUUAAAUCCCACAAACAUGGUUUUCCUGAGGGUUCAGACGGGGGUGUUUGACCCGUCUCUUAUUGGAGACAAACCUAAGUGGUACAGCAAGCAGCUGCAAGAAGUUCAGUUCCGAGUGUAUGAUAAUACUUCAAGUCUGGGAAUGGCUUUAACUGCUGCUGAGAGAGCUCAGGAAGAGGACCCAACAGAUGAAAGUGGUAGUGACAGUGAUGGUGGAGGCAGCAGUUCAUCAUAUUCUUCACUCAGUGAUUUUGUCAUUGAUAUGGUCAACAGUGAAAUUAAUGGAGAAACACCAGAAGUGUUUGACGUGGACAGUAUCACCAAAGACACAUCUUAUGUGUAUGCUCCACCGAGAGAGCUCCAGGUGCCGGAGCCACUGAUAUGCCCCACUGAUUCCUCCUCUUCUGAGGAUAGCGAGAUGGACUCUGAUUCCUCCUCAGGUCCUCUGCAGUAUGCCAGUGAUAUGGACAAAACUAAUUCCCAAGCAGGCUCACAAGUAGACUCCCCUGGGAAUGACUUGGACUCCCCAGGCAGUGUAUUUGAUUCUGUUCCACCACCCAAUGGUAGCAUCCCAGGACAAGCGAUAAGUCCCAAACCACGUAUAGAAUCAAAAGUCCUAGUACCAAUAUCUCGAAGUAGCAGCGAUUCAGCUUACAGUGGCUCCACCAACUCCACAGGACAGGCUAGUAGCCAGCGGGGAAGAAUUAGCUCGGAUUCCACAACAGUGAUAAACAGGUCAGGGGGUGGAGACUCGCCACACAUUGCCCAAUCACAAAGCUCAUUUGCUGCCAGGGGACUGAGCUUGAAGGGUGAUGGUCAGGGUGACAACAAGGAGUCUAUUAUAAGCAGCCUUGGCAGUGAAAUCAAUGGCUAUGCCAAACAAGCAAGCAGCACUCUUUCAGAACUGUUUGAUCAAAGUAAGGAGGGUUUGUCUAGUACAGUCACGGGUCUAAAACAUGGAUUGGAAAAGAAGCAGUUGGACAAGAUCAAAUUGGAUGAUCUAAAACAAGGAUUAGCGGGUACAGUGGAAAGCCUUGGCCAUGGCAUGAAAGAAGUUAAGAAAGGUGUACUAGAAAUGAAAGAAGAGGUUCAAAGUGCUCCUAUCGGAAGCCAACUUGAAAGUGUCACCUCAGCAGUUUAUAGUAAAGGUUCUACCUAUGUGAAGGAACUGAGAGGAACCAAGAGCACAACAAUGAACAGUUCUUCCAAGCAGACCAAACCCUAUGCACCUUUAGGCAACAGGAAAGCUCUGGUUGAGAAGUCUGGUCUGGUGAAACAUGCUUCCCACAGGAAGAUGACCAGAGACUCCUCAAAGCAGCAGCUUGUAGAUACGAGGACAAGUGCUCAUAGUGAGAAUCAGCAGUUCCUGAAAGAUGCUGUCAGUCACAUACUUGAUGGACAUGGGGUAGGCUGGUUGAAAAUCAACAAAAUUAGGAGAUUGAUGGAGGAUGAGAAUUAUCGUAACUUUGUGGUGAGCAGGCUGAACACGUCAUUGGAUAAAAAACUUACAGAAGAGGAUAUGUACAUAGAAGAUGUGUGUGUCAGCAAGCAGAUCUUCAAAGGCAUGUUGACCAUGCUGAAAGCAAUAGUGUAUGGGCUGGACUUUACCUACCGUAAUCAUGGGAUAGGAGGUAUGGCCAGUGCAUUCAUGGUCUGUGAGAUUAUCCAUACACAUUACUGGGCCAAAGAACUGACAGGCAGCAAUAGGAGUGAUGCAAGUGGCUCUCAGACCAGCUCCCCAUUUGGCAGCCGUGAGAGUUUAGUAUCUGACAUCAGCCCUCGUGUGGAGUCCAAGAGCUUGCCAGGAGAGGACCAAUCCAUACCAGUAUUAGGUGGCUACUUUGACCGGUCUACUAGUCCACGACACAGUGCAAUUCAGCGGGAGCUUUCACCGUCUCAUUCUCUUCCUAGUUCAUAUUCUGCAGGCUCUCCCGUUCUGCUGGAUGGUGAAGAAUACCAAAAUAUUGAACUGAAGAACUCUCAUCCAUUGUCCCACACAGAGUCUGGGAAGCAGGACUAUAAUUCAAACUCUGCCAAAUCUCACUACAGUACAGAGCAGCACACAACCAGCAUGCGUGCUGUAUCUGCCCAACAGACAAACUGUGAUAUUAUAGUGACUGAUACUGACCCACUGAGAAGACAGUACGUGGACACAGAUCCCCUGAGAGGACCUCACGCUCCAGAUACCGCCACCACGCCGGAGAAGCGCCCCAGUCAGCAGGAAGACAUCUUGAGAGAACUGGUGAAGAACAAAGAGCUGUUGAGGUCCAGGCGGGGAGUGGUGCCCCAUGGCCAGAGUGUGGAUUCUGAGGUGUCUGAGGGAUCCACACUGGUGAGUGAUGGUUCUGAUUGGGAAGGGAGAAGACCCAGGAUAAAUCAUCAGACUAUAAAACCUUCACUAUCAGAUAGUAGUGAACAUGAUAUUGGAGGGCUGGUAGGAACGCGGUUAUCACGUACUGCAAGUAUAUGGAGCAACAAAUCCACUUUGAGUGGUGGAUUCAGAUUCAGAGAUGGAAAACUGGUUCAUGUCGGCCCUCUCAGUCCAACAACCACCAGGUUGUAUUUGUUUCAACAUCUCAUAGACAAAGAUCGAAGCCGGCUGUGGGACCAGAUGCAGUUUUGGGAAGAUGUGUUCCUAGAUGCAGUGGCCCAGGAAAGGGAUAUUAUUGGCAUGGAUCAGGGACCUGCUGAAAUGAUGGACAGGUACAAAGACUUGGGUGCUGCUGAGAAGAAACGUCUGGAACAAGAUGAAGACCGACUUUUGGCCAACAUGCUCUACAACCUGAUAGCUUUCAUGGUCAUGAUGAAAGUGAAUAAACAAGAGAUACGACGCAAAGCCAGAAGAAUGUUGGGAAAAUGUCACAUUGGGCUGCACUACAGUCAAGAAAUCAAUGAACUGUUAGAUAAUUUGACCAACCUGCAUGGUAAUGACAUUGAUCUGAAACCCCUUGGUAGUCGCAUGAUGCAAAAGCAAUCUUUCACAGUGCACUGGGGACCAGACAACACUGGAGAUAUGCUCUUCAUGGAGGUGUGUGAUGACUGUAUAGUGCUGCGUAGUGUGAUGGGGAUUAUUUGUGACCGCUGGUGGUAUGAGAAGCUGGUCAACAUGACUUACUGUCCAAAAACCAAGGUUCUCUGUCUCUGGAGAAAAAACGGGGACCAGACACAGCUCAAUAAGUUCUACACCAAGAAGUGCAAAGAGCUCUAUUUCUGUGUAAGAGAAUCAAUGGAAAAGGCUGCUUUAAGGAAUAAUGGGAAAAUACCAGGACCUGAACUUGGUGGAGAAUUCCCUGUGCAAGAUCUCAAGACGGGCCAAGGUGGACUGCUUCAGGUUUGCAUGGAAGGCAUUGGGCUUCUCUUGGAAAGCAGCAAGGACUUUGAGUUCUUUGUUGAGCUAAAUCGUGUGAGGAAAUGUUUCACACAGAAAGGCGGCAUUUUUGUCCUUGAAGAAUUUGAUGCCAAGAAUAAAAAAGUAAUCCAGAGAAAAUACAAGUCCAGCAUGGCUGAUGACAUCUGCUAUGCUGUGUUGUGUGUAUUUUCUUACGUGGCUGCUGGAAUGGAACAACAGCAGCAACAGCAACAAAAACAGCCACAAAAACAACAGAGAGAAUCUACAAGAGAAAGCAUGCAUUCAAAACGUCCUUCAAGCGACAGUCAACAACCAGAUUAUAUACUGCAGAGAGAACUGCCAGUGACUGGUUGAGUUAAAUAGAGUCACAACUAACACAAUCUCUGUCUGAUGCAGCUAAUCACCUACUGCAAUGGCAGCACCAAAGGAUGGCAGACUUACCAAGGAAAGCUAGUGAUGGAUGGUGCUUAUAUCAGAAGGCAAUAAGGAUAUCUAUUCGUCUUGGUGGCUCUCACACUCUUUCUCCUUUUUUAUUAGUAAAAUCUUGUUUUGAUUUUAGGAGAAAAAUACUAGAUGGUCCUCAAUCAUUAGUUCUUAGAAGAAUUGGAGUGGUUGAACUGAGGAAAUCCUAUGAAUAAACUAAUAAGCUCACCUUCCCGUUUACAUCUCGGGACCUUAUAUAUUAUGUUUAUGAGUAAGAUAGUCAUACCCAACUUUACUGAAACCAUGUACAUUUACUGUCCUACUGCUUCUUAGCAUGGUUUUGUCAGUGACUAUGGUGAUUUAUCAAUUUAUAAUAAAUUUACAAAAAUUAUGAUUAUACAUACGGCUAUAUGAUUUAAUUGUUGAUUUGCAAUGUUUUGUUAUGGUUUGCUAAAUUUGGUUGUUUGUAUUUUCAAAAAAUUACUAAUAUGUAAAUUGCAUGCAAGGAAUAUAAAACCAGGUUAGCUAUUAUGAAGACUUGUUAACCACAGGUCAGAGGUUUUGUAAAUAAUCUGUUGAUGAAAAUUCAAUGUAGAAAUCCCAAAUGCCAUCAUACCCUUUCUGGUAAAGGAAUGUUGGGUCAUGAGACAGUUAGUGUUUAUAGUUUCAUUAAUGUGCAAUUGAAUAAUAUAAUCAUAGACCUGUUAUGACAGAAAAAAAUUAAAAGAAUGAUAGAAUAAUAUAGCAAUUAUAAUCAGUGAUUAUGUGUGGUGGACAGAUGACAGGUGUUAAUACUGACAGUGUUUUCAGUAAAAAAAAUAUAUAUAUAUCGUAAACAUCAUUCUUCAUCGAUUAUAAUUUUUGUUUCUGCAGUAGAAGAAGGAAUGCUAUAAAAAUUAAGGGCAAUUAAAACAACUUGAUAUGAUUUGUAUGUAAAAUGGUUGUUAAUACUUUGUGUAGGGUGAUGUUUUAUCAUAACUGAUAUUUGUAGCUAUGAAUAUGAAUGUGCAAUAUACAAGUUGCUGUUCUUGCUUAUUGACAGUGCAUUUUGAAUGUGUUAACAAUCCUUAAAAGAAAUGCAAUUCUUCAAGAAAAUAAUAUUUUCUGUAUUAUGAUAAACAUAUAAUCAGAUUGUUAAGAAUGUAUGUAUUAGAAAAUGGUUGCAAGUGUACACAUGUAUAUAUAUGUAUGACUACAGCUACUUCUGCUGUGGUGUUCAAACUUUAUAAUUAAUUUACAAAUUGACUACCAUAAGUGGAAUACUGAUAGAAGUAAAGUUUUAGAUAGGAAAUUGCCAAUUUCACAGUUGAAGUUGAUGCAGUUAAUGGAUAAGUUGCUGUUAAUAUUUUAUACACAGACAAUGAAAGUGUCUGCAUGUAUUCUGAUCCCCUGUGCAUUGUCACUCAAAUGCAUUUUUUUUCUAUAUCAUAACUGCCAAACAAGUCUCAUUUUACUUUAUGUUCACAUGUAAUAUUGGUUUGGUUAAAUGCUGGUUAUAUUUUAUUUUAUUUAAGUCAGCAUUAUCAGAAUUAAUACUAUAUGUAUGUAUAUUGGUUGCACACACACGCCCAUUAUCAAUUUUAAUUCUUUUUUUUUUUUUUUCAACUGUCUGUAUAUUACCAGCCUUGCUGUAUAGCUUCAUUGUUCAGAAUCUGUAAAAGAAUCUCCAAAGCAAAGUGCAUGCUUACCACCUGUUUUUGUAGUGCCAGGACAUCACAAGGAGUGGCUCUUCACUAUUACACCUCUAACACGUUGUGUACAUAGUCCAUUCUUUCCGAACCUAUAUUAUUCAUCUGAGCACUCACAGUACACAAAAAUGUUCGGAGUACACAGGUAACUGUAACAUAAACUGCACUAAGGCAUAAUGUGCAGGGAAUUAGUCUGGUUUUUAUAUAUAAUUUCUAUGUAUAAUUGUUUAUUCAAAAUAUGUUUACAAAGACAUUAUUCCAUUUACAGUAUAUUUUUUAUAUCAUUUGUGGGUGUUAGAGGCAUUUUAUUAUUUAUGUUAAAAUUUCGCAUUCCUUUAUUUUCCAGAUUGGUUUCAUCCACAAAGUACUGCUUAGUGGAUAAUAACAAGUUUAUUAUUAUUGUUCAGAUGUUUAACAUUACCAUGCUAACUCAUUCCAGCUUCACACAGGUUGUUAUUAAAAUAAUUUGUGACAACAGUCUCUUGCUUCAUUUUAGUUAAUAUACAUUAUGAUGCAAUUCUGCAUGUACAUUUAGAGCUUUAAAAUAAUAAAACUUAGAAAAAAUGGCACUUGUUUGUUUUUUUUGGCUGAGAUAAUUAAUAAGACUUCUCCACAAUGUCAAUAACCCUUUUAGUUCAAAAAUAUUUGCAUAAAUAGAACUGGCAAUAAGAUGCUCUUUAAAGCCAGUAAUUCCAUACAGAUGUCUGUUCUGUAAAAAAAGUAAGUAAAAGGGUUCACAACUUCACAACUCUACUUUGUCACUAAAUAUACAAUCCCACAAAAAGAUGGUCAAAGAAAAAACACCAACUGCAUUGUUCAACUUGGCAGUCUAAUGGAAUAGUGCUGUAGUGCUUCCUUGCUCUCUAAGAGGCAGAAAGCUGAGAUUGCUUCUACAAUUCAAUUUCCAUGAAAAUGUCUUCUAAAAAAGUUCACCGUCAUGUUGACUAUCACAUGAUUCUGAUACUCAAACUGUGCUAAUGACUUGAUUCCACCUUCAAUGUGGCCUGUUGUACGAGUUGCAAGACUAUUUUGCAACCACACUGCAUUUUGCAAAGGAAGAAAAAUGUAAAUAAGCAUUUUGUAAUGAUGUAUUUAGCAGGUGUUUUAAGCCAAUGGUGAACUAAAGAGACUUUCUACUACACUGAAAUUGCAUGAUGAAAAUUGCCUAAGGCUGUAGCUGAAAUGGGAGGUUUAAGGGGCCUAAAUUUGCAAAGUAGGUAAAAAGGUGGUGUGAUAUAGAAAGCACCCAGUUUUGAAGCAGGAAAAAUAGAAUGGACACUAUGCACAUCUGGUAAGAGACAGACUUCACAUGAAUGGAGAAUUGUAUAGAUGCGACCAAAAUUGCAAGCAUACAGAAUAUACAGUAUUGGGAAUUCAUUGCUGCAGGCAGUGUCAUCAUUAGAUCCAGUAGCAAGGGGCCACAGUGUCACCAGCAAAUACAUGAAGAAGCUUCUUCGUUAUGUCACAAACGUCCUAACUGAGGAGGAAAAGGAACAGUUUUCUCGCAAGCUGAACCUCUUUUGUCACAUAGUGGUGCGUCAUGCACAUUGUGUAAUAUUAUCCAAUGUAGAUGACGCACCACUAUGUGACAUCCCCAUGGAGAAGAAUGUUCGUUUUAAUGCCAAGAAAACGCAGUUGAAACAAAACAGUGUAUCAUAUUUUGGGAUGAUUGUUGGAGCACAAGGAAUCCGACCAGACCCAGAGAAGAUUCGCUCAAUUCUGGAAAUGCCAGACCCAACUGAUACUGAGGCAGUGAAGCGUUUAACAGGAAUGUUGAAUUUCCUAUCACCAUUUAUUCCAAAUAAGUCUUCUACCAUGAGUCCAAUCAGCAGUUUGUUGAAAGCUGGAGUACCUUGGAAUUGGGGACCAGAGCAGAAAGCUGCCAUGCAACAAAUAAAAGAUCUGUGUACUCUCAGAAGAACCAGUGCUGAAGUUGUUUGAGCCAUCCAAGCCAGUGACAAUACAAGCAGACACGUCAUCUACGGGAUUAGGUGCAUGUCUAUUACAAGAUGGUCAACCUAUUGCUUAUGCCUCACGUGCAUUAACUGAUACAGAGAUGAGAUACACACAGAUCGAGAAGGAACUUUUAGCUAUUAUGUAUGCAGCAACAAAGUUUCACCAUUAUAUUUAUGGCAAUGAGGUUAUGGUGGAGAGUGAUCACAAACCUCUAGAGGCAAUUAUAAGGAAACCACUACACCAGGUGUCUCCUCGAAUGCAAAUGAUGUUGUUAAAAUUGAUGAAAUACAAUCUAUGCGUGACAUAUGUACCAGGUUCAAAGUUGUACAUUGCAGACACGCUGUCACAUGCGUAUGUUGAUGACACAUCUAAGGAGAGCAUAGAUUCUCAGUUAGAAGAGGGACUGUACAGGAUUCAUACUGUUACUCAGUUUUUGCCAGCAUCCACGCACAGGAUUCAGGAACUUCCAGAUGCUACUCAGAGUGACCACAGCCUCCAGCUGGUCCAUAACCAUAUUGUGAAUGGUUGGCCUCAGCAUAAGUCUUCCCUAGCACCAGAAAUUCAGGCAUAUUGGAAUUUAAGAGGACAAAUGCAUGUGGAGGAAGGACUGAUAUAUGCUGGAGAGCGACUUGUAAUUCCUGUUGCCAUGAGACAAGAAAUGCUUGUUACACUUCAUGAAGGACAUGCUGGCAGUGAAAAGUGCAAAGCACGAGCCUCUGAAAUUAUGUAUUGGCCUAAUAUCAACAAAGACAUAGAGACCAAGAUUGCUGAUUACCCAGUAUGUGCCACAUAUGCACGUCAGAAUCCCAAGGAACCAAUGAUUCCACAUUCUUUGCCAACUCGUCCAUGGUCAAAGCUGGGUUCAGAUAUAUUUGAGUUUGCAGGCCAUAAUUACUUGUUGAUAGUUGAUUAUUAUUCAAAGUUUCCUGAAGUUGUCAAGCUGCAAAACAAAACAGCAGCUGGUGUUAUUGCAGCAAUGAAACCAGUUUUCAAGGCAUGGUAUUCCAGAUACCUUAGUUAGUGAUAAUAUGCCUUUUGCAUAAGAGUGCAGUUUGCGAAAGAGUGGGGAUUCACUUGUGUUUAUACUAGUCCCACUUAUGCUCUGUCUAAUGGUCAAAGUGAGCGAUUUGUGCAGUCAAUUAAAGGAAUGCUUAAGAAAGCACAAGCAGAGGGUACAGAUCCUCACAUAUCGUUGUUAGAAUACAGAAAUACACCUUUAGCUGUUCAUCACCAGCUCAAUUGUUAAUGAGUAGGAGGUUAAAAGAUAAAAUGCCUACUACAAACAACUUGCUGCAACCAAAGGUGGUAAAUGAUGCACAGUCAAAGCUGCACAAGCGUCAGCAAAAGCAGACAUUCUAUUAUGAUAGAAGUGCUACAUAUCACCAGUCAUUUAAUGUGGGAGAUAGUGUUUGUGAAUUUAGGACAAAAUUGGGAACAUGCCAGAGUGACAGAUAUUCAUAAUACGCCGAGGUCAUAUGAGGUGACUACUCCGGAUGGACAUUCAUAUUGUAGAAACCAACGCAUGAUAAACAAGUCUCCUGACUCGGUGCCUGAGUCGCAUGUUAUGGAUACUGAACCAUCAGAUACUAGAAUGAGUAAAACAGUGCACCAGAACAAUGAAACUGGAAAACAAAUUGCUCAGCCACAAAUGUGUAGGCGUAGUACUCGGGAGAGACAUCCGCCUAGGUGGCAAGCAGAUUAUGAAAUGAAGUGACUGCAUGUUUAUUUGUUGUUACAUUUCAAAAAAAAAAAAAAA